UUGACUUUGACAUAAGGCGAUUCUGCGCGACUGGUUGUAGGUUAUGUCGAACAUCUAAAUAUAUUUUUCUAUAAAAAGUAUGAUGCGGUUAAAAUACCGCAGUGCGUUAAUUUCUAUAACUCUCCGAUAUUUUAUACCGUAACUCUAAUUUAUUUAUUUACUAUUAGAUUUUUAAGAAGAAAACCAUGAUAUUCUUUACAAUGUGGUGUACUACAUUUUAUCUACUUUAAUAUUUAUACCACUAUCCUUAAAGUGUUUAAAGUUACUAAACAGUGAAUUAAAUUUAAACAGGAAGUAAUUAAGUUCUAGAAUAACAAAUUAUGGCUGUGCAAAACAAAGUUUUAUAUGCUUUCCGUGGGUGGAUAGCGUUUGUGGCAUUUAUGGAUUUGGGUACAGCUGGCCGGUCAUAUAUCGAAGGGAGAUCAUUUUUAAAUAAUAACGGAGAUACUGAACAUUAUGAUGGCGACUUCACAAUAUCCCGUAUGUUGGGCAUGUAUUCUCUGCUCAAAGCGUUGGCGCUCAUUCACUGUACACUGUACAUACACUAUAGACCGGUGGUGUCAAUGGGUUACUGGUCGUUAACACUCACAAUCAUACUGUAUUUCACGGAGGCCUUCUAUUUUCAUUCUACAGACUUGAACUUCUAUGUUGUGUUCCCCUGUAUAUUAAACAUAAUAACACUCCUGGGGCUUAUAUACCUUCCAACCAAGUUGAAGCUGUUCGGUAGCAUCCCAGGCACAUCUGGAAUGGACCGAGAGGUGGAAGACGAGAACACCCAAAUCCUGCGACAAAUGGGCAACUUCAGACGUCGGAAACCCACCACCAAGAACAAGCAUGUGUGAUGGUGGUAUACCAUUAAAACCAUGGUGUCUUAUAUAACUAAAGUAGUAAGUUUAUCCAACUCCUCAUUUACGCUAUUGACAGCGGUGAUAGAUCUCGUGGAAUUACUCACGACCUAUAUUGUAACAUAAAAUGCCCAUGGGUAUGAUGGAAUGACAGGACUAUAGUGCCCUAAUAUGUAUUUAACUGAACAAGCUGUUAUCUUGUGGAAGUCACUGGUUGUUUGUUACGUUCUCCGACUGCCAUUUCGUUCACGCACGUUUUGCGACACGCGUUUCAACUCUAAACGAGGUAUUUUCAAACAAAUUAUUAUAUUGCUUCCGCUGGAUGAUUGUGGAACUUCUGCUAGUAAUACUGGUGGUCAAUCUUCAAGUGUUGGCAGACACAUACUAUAAUGGUAACGGAAAUAAACAAUAUAAUUCUAAUAAAAAAAUCAGUGUUCAGUUCCAGUCAGUUCCAUUUUUGGUAUACAACUUCUGAUGGUAAAUUUAAUGGGCAUUGUUGACGUAUAUUUUAAAUUCACCAUAGGUCUUAACCUUAAAUAGUAUUUGCUUAAAUGAUUUUUAUUGUUGACGAUUCGACAUGGAUUGCACCACACGGUGGCGACGGCAGGACUAAAGUGAACGCCGACUUCCUCUAGCAGCCCGCGCAGUUUCUUUGGCCACACACACAUUGUCUCUAUUAUUGUCUAGAUCCAACCUACAUACCAAAGGUAGGGACUAUUUACUUGCAAUCGCGUCGCGUUAAGUCCCAGUCAAGUGGAGAUUGUUAAAACGUGUUCAAAACGCAGGCGGUCCUCUUCGGACAGCGGCACCUUCCCCCACGACUUCAACUAAAGGACGCCCUGAUAAAGUGCCAUGUACCUAGGGUUGGUAGUAGAUCGACAACUCACGUUCCAUGCCCACGCUAAAGGAGCAUGUAACAAGGCCAGAGUGGCUCGACGCCUGCUGCGUCCGGCGUUAGUGGGAAGGCACUUUCUCAAGACCAAGCUUAAUAUCUGUAAAAUAAAUCCUACCAUGCCUCACGGACAUAGCGCUGGCGUGGUACGUAAACACCAGGGAUUCCAACAAAAAGAAACUAAGAGCCUAGCAGUACCUCUCGCUGCGUACCAUAACUGGCGCGCAUGUACGUACGUGAAAAACAACACGCGUGAGAAAGUCCUGAAGAUUUUUUCACUGAACGCACACAUUGAAGACCUAGCCACCAGAAUGUACGCCCUUGCAGACGUGUCAGAAUGGAGCCACCAGAAGGGAUCGCUACAUGCGUGGCUACCGGAUUGAAGAUCAUAUGUGCACGAACAGUGUCAUCCAGCCCACUCAUACGCUGGCAGUUUGCUAGGCUCCUUCCAAUGAGGUCCCACCUGGCCGGCAAAGACCGCGCAGAGCAAGCCAAAUGACACUGGACACGAGUGACCCGUUGAACUAGUCCACUCCGACUACCCGCACAUGUUCAUUUGCGGCAAAGACACCACCUGAGAGGGGCAGGUUUCCUCGUCCCCUAAUCAGGGGACCGAGAAUGGGAUGGUUAAGUCCCAAUAGUGUAUUUAUAAUCUAAUGGGAUUGUCCAAAACCUUGGCUGUGUAAGAUUGUUACCCAUAAUCCUUGUGGAAUGACAAAGAAUCCAGAUCGUAUCACAUAGUACCCUAUGUCAUAUAGUCUCAUGUUUUAUGUACAACUAAAUAAUGAUAAAUGUAAAGGAAUUAUUUCAAACCCUGGCUGAGUAACUUUAUUACUCAUAAUCCUAGUAGAAUUACGAAAGCCCCUGGCUUCGCUGUAUGACACAGUAUUCUAUGUAGUAAAAUAGUGUUUUUCGUCUAUAGACGUAUGUCGGGGGGGGGGGGGGGGGUCCACUUCAGAAUUGUCCCCAGCGAAGAUUCGGAAAGAUAUUUCUGCGAGUAUAUAUAUGCCUUUUUUAAGGCGCCAGGCCACUCCUGGAAAAUAAUCUUAAAUACGCCAGUGAUCUGAUUUACAUGAUGUUUAUAAACCCUCAUGGAAUUUCAAAUAACCCUGGCUGUAUAAUAUGGUGCCGUAUCUGACACCCUUUGUCUCUCAUAUAAACCUAUUUCCUCCAACCUCCAAUCUCCAGGCCUGUGCUUGGAGAAUGUAUUUUCAUGGACGUUGGAGAUCACUACACGAAUUAAAAGAACAGUGAGCUUUGCAAGUCAGACUGUUGGACAGCUCAGAAGACAACAGCAGUAAAGACGAGAGUCGUUAACAAGCACAUCAGCCACUCACCUCUAACAGUACUAUUGCCUCUUGCCACCGUCAUCCCCGCCCCCAAUACCAUCCGCACCGAUGUCUUCACCGGAUCUGCGAGCUGAAGCCUGCGAGGCAAAAACGUUGUGCUCAAAGCGCCGUACGCCUCCUAAAGAAGUCUUCUGGAUGGAGUCAAAAUAAUUGUCGGAAACGACCAAAAUACAGUGAGUUCAUAUUUCUCAUUCUACGUAUAUAUAGGGAGUAAACUCCUCGAGACAGUCAAAUAUGGUAAACCUAGUGGAAUAACGAAAAAACUCCAUUGGUGUGACCUAGAGCUCGAUGUGACAUAGCGCCAUUCUUGUAUCCAAUUUCUCAUAGUAUUGUCCUCUAUUGAGGAGGGUGUUAAGCCAGGCCCGUAGCUAGACCCAUGUUUAAGGUAGGGCAAAAGAACUUUUUGGUAGAACAGAAAUCAUAAUUAAGUGACUUCGAAAAAGCGAGUCUGUCUAAUUUUCUUGGGGUCUUUCUUUUUAAGGUAGGGCUUUGGGCAUUUUAAGGUAGGGCAUUGCCACUCAGUGCCCCCCCCCCCCCCAUCCACUUCCCAGCUAAGGCCAUGUGUUAAGCCCGUGAAAUGACCAGAAUUCUGACCGCGUACUGCCAUUUGUCAGCUCUUAUUUUAUGUAGUGGUGUGUGAAGUAAAAACUUAAGAAUCUCAGUUUAUUCAUGUUUUUUUUUAAUGGAUGAAAAAGUGACGGUAACCCUGCCUGCGCUAACGGUAUACGCUGGCGGGACACCAGUGAGGGAUGAAAGGCAGGUCAGUUAGUCCAUCGUGAUGUUUCACCUGGAAUUCAGCACGAUGGUUUCCAGGGGAGAUGCACGUGGAGACCGACCUGCCAGAGUAUAUUGUAAGAAAUAGGACUAAUAAUCCGCAUUACUGACAAUCCCUUCCUCCCAGUCUGUACGUGUGUGUGUGUAGUGGUGUGUGAAGACUCAAGUAUCUCAGUGUGUACAUGUGUGUGUUUAUAAUGAAUUACAAUUAUAUCGGCUUUACUCAUGUAUUAAUUUCGAUGUUGCUCGACUGGUUUCGAACUAGAGAGCCUUAUUUAUCUUAACUUUAGCAUUUUUUUUAUCCUACUUCUACUAAAUUAAAAGCUAAUUGAGCAACUCCGAAGUUAAUAUAUAAAUAAAACCGAAAUUACAUUUCUGUUUCGUCAAAGGUUGACUGAAAGAGAAUGCUAUAUAGCAUUAAGCCCGCUUUUUGUACCAAAAAUUUUUUUGUAAUAUGGUCAAUUAAGAAUAAAUAAAUGACUAAAUAAUUACAAAAUAGUAUGACUCACGAUAGUUAUUAUUCAACAAUGGUAUGGAUCAAACUCUAUCGUGUGGCACGACUACAUUUAUGACCUAAAAUGGACGUCAUCCUUUGGUCACUUCGGAGUUUUAAAAUGACGAAUUAAUGACGUCAUAUUGACGUCAGUCGCGAUUCUGCCGAGACUUGUAAAUCUUUUUUUAUUAAAAUAAUACUAAUACUAAAGUAAAUAUAUUAUUAUUAUUAAUUAAUAUAUUAUUUCGUAUCAAUAACGUUUGUGGUAGCUAGCCUAUAUACCCACCAUUUUCUAUUCAAAUAGUAUUGUAGUGAUAAAAAAAUUAUGAAUCUCACCCGCCUGAUAUACAAUAUCUAAUUAGUGUGGCACAGCUUAAAGUUACUUAAACUUUUAAUAUUAAUUUAUACAUAAUUCUACAUAAAAUUAAGUUUAAUCUAGAUUUAAAAAGUAUUAAAUUAUUUGAACUGUUAUUUGAUAAUACAUUUUAAAUAGUUUUUGACAGAUGGAAUAAUUUUUUUUAACGCAUUUUAUUAAUUCUGUACAUUUCCUAGUCAUAUAGUAUACUUUAUAUAAGUACUAGUAUAGUAGUAUAUAUUAUCUGUGAUCACCGCAGUGGUAGAUUUACACAUUUGUCGCCAGUACAAUAUAUAAAUUUUCCCGCCUAAAGGCAAUAUAAUCUAUAGAAACACAGAUAAGUGCUAUCCUUAGUCUAUGUCACAAUCGGAUUGAUUACAAUUUUUUCUCAAUGAAACCAAAGAUUUUGUAAUUCCUUGUUCUUAGAAUGAAACUAUACAUUUAUGAAUAUU